AUGCGCCCCGACGCCCCUGAAACGUCUGGAUUCGGGUACACUGGUUGUGUACGACGGCGUCAGUUCCGAAAUCGUUUGGAAGCGACAGUCAACAGUUUCCUGAGCGCAGCUGACGACGUGGAAGCGUCGUUAUUCCUCAGGGAAGCUGCUGAGAGUCUGUACAUAAUAGGAGCAAGUCGGUUUGUAUCAACCCAAGACACGUCUUUCGGCGUACACGAUGUUCUCCAUCCCCUCGAGCCUGGAUACCCUUGUCCUCAGCGUCCUCCUUCAUCGGGAGACGCUCACGAUGCCCCGAAGUUGGUCGACCCCUACGCUGAACGAAUCACGCACGAUGGAGGGGCUCUGAGCCUUUGGGACCUAUCGAACGUUCCGGAAACCAGAACGUUCCAAAAGGCAGACGGCUCACACGUACCCCUCCCCGGUUACGGCCUCUAUCAUUUCACUGUGGCAAAACGUAUUCCCAUCAAUCCGCACUCACCAACGCGACGGUCUUGGCCCGAUCGCCCUCCGCAUUAUAUUCCCCUAAAGGCCAGCAAUGCCCUGUUGCGCAACGAUUUUAAUUUCUGGCUGGAUAUCAAUUUGGGCGGGCAUUGUCUCUGGCGGCAUCUUCCAAAGAUCCUGAAGCAGCAGAAGCGGAUGUUGGUGGGGAUCACGCAGUAUAUCCCCUUACCGGGUUGUCAUGAUCAUCCGUAUCGAUGGUCAACGGUGUCGCAGUGGGCCAUCAACGUAGGAAUGUGGGACGGGACACUUCGGUUCAGUGAUUUAUCUCCAGACCAGGCGGAUCUGAGCGAUCCGCCCAUUGUGCAGUGUACAAAUGGGGUGACGUUCCUCGCCUCAGACAUCGCCAAACUAUAUACCGUGGAUUUCACAAUAUCUUGCAAGUUGGCCAUUCCAGACGCCCCGUUGUGGCGGCCGUGGCGAGAUAUCGUUGGACGCUAUGAGGAUCCCGAUGAGGAUAAAGUUCCAAUCUCGGCUACCUACAAUAAUGACGUUCAAUAUUUCGAAGACGAGAACUCACAGGACGACGACUGGAAUUCACCGCAGGACGACGCAUUCGAUGAAGGUUACCAGGCGCGUCCUCUUCUGUCCGUACACUACUCGAGCACCUGCCCCACUGGUACUGCAUUUGGCAAACCGCCUUCGAUACGGACUUCUGCUCAUAUCAGCUAA